AUGCUUCAAAUGAAGCACAAUCAUGUCACUUCGAAGGUUCUACAUGCAUAUAACCCUAGCCAAAGAAAACUUUCCAGUAACAUGAAGGAAAGCGUCAAGGAUUAUUUGAAUAUGAAGGCCAAUAGAAAAAUGAUACAGCAAAAAGUUCAAGAAAGUACUGGUAAAAUUGUUACUUUACAAGAUUUAACAAAUAUGAAGAUAUCCGAUCAAUCAAGAAAAGAAAACUUAGAUGGCUGCUUAAAUAUACUUAAAGCUAAAUAUGGUGCCAAUGUAGCUGUUUUGCGAGACGAAGACAAUAAUUUCAGAGGACUUUUCAUUCAAAGUCCAAACAUGAAAAGUACAAUGAAGGCUUUUCCAGAAUUUCUUGCAGUAGAUGCUACAUAUAAAUUAUGAUG